UGUGUUGACAGCGUACUGCGGUGAGAUGAUGCAGAGCAUAAACCCCGCGUUGACUGAAAUAUCCCGAGAAAAACUAACAAACACGCAUCUCACAACUUUACAGGAUUGGACAAAAGCUUUGCGGGAUGACGCGUUCAGAGCUAGUGUCCAUGAAGAUGUUAUUAAAAAUCUCUAUGCAGUGCUUUCAAGACUGUCCGUGGAGAUUCAGAGCUUGAAUGAUGUUGUAGAUCCACAGGAGGAAAGUCUGUCACUCCUCCUUAAGCUCACCACAGAGUGUUUCAGAGCACAAAGAAAUGCCUGUGUGCAGUGCACUCCAAUUCAGUGCACACUAAGAGAUCAAGGAUCUAUCAAGUUGUCUUUUGAGAUUUUGUGUAAACUCAUUAAGCUUUCAUCAGGAGGGUCAAAUAACGUUUAUGAUGCGAUCCGAUGCGGUAUUCAGUUUCUUGGUAACAUCGCUGUUGGAAACCAGCUCUGUAAAGAUGACAUCUGGAAGCUCGGUUUUCCGCACAUCUUUUGGAACCUGUUGGACCUCCCAGAUGAGAAAGUUGUCUCGUACACAUGCAUGGUGCUUCACACUUGCCUCGAUGAACACAAGACAGAACAGCUCGCUCAAGAUGCCCAGCAGCUUAAAGUGUCUCGGAAGAUCAUGGAUUUGUGCAGGAGUUUGCCUGAUGUGGACUGGACGGUCCUGAUUGCCACACAACAUUUCCUCAAGUCAUCACAGCUCAUUAUCAAGAUGUACACUGAAAUGACCAAUGAAGAAAGGCUUACACUAUUGGAGCUGAUGUUAGCACAUCUUGAUGUGGGUGAGGAGGAGAAAGACUCUUUAAUUCCUCUGAGUCUAGCUGAGUUCCUGGCCUCCUGCUUUACUGAUCACUGUAAAGCUGUUCUUAGUCUGACCUCUGAAUCUUCAGCCGAUGACCAGGCUGCCAUGGUCGUGAGCAGACUCUUGGACAUCCUUUGUGAGAUGACCUCGGACCAGAAAAAGUUCAUGGCUUUACAGGAUCGCUCUGACCUUUUGAGCUCAACAGUCGAUCUCUUAAAAGAGGUCCAUAUACUGGGCAAAACAAGUAAAAAUGUGUUCACCGCAGCACACGAUUUCUCCUUGACGAGGACAGAGGGCGCCGGCACCAACACCAACCCUUACCUCAGUUUCAAAUCUCAUCUCAUUCGACUCAUCGGGAAUCUCUGUCAUGGCCACAGUCUCAACCAGGACAAGGUUCGAGAACUGGAUGGUAUCGCGCUUAUUCUGGACAACUGUAGCAUUGAUAGCAACAACCCUUUCAUAAGCCAAUGGGCCGUGUUUGCCAUCCGGAACAUUCUGGAAAAUAACCCAGAGAAUCAGAAGCUGAUUCAAGGCCUUCGAAGCCAAGGUGUGGCAGAUGACACAAUACUCAGAGAGAUGGGCUUCAGAGUGGAGGAAAGGGAUGGCAGUCUUCUACUCAGGCCUUUAAAGAAAGACCCAUAGUUCCCCAUCCCCGCGCUCCUCUUUGCUGUGUUAUAUAUGCUACGGAGAUGGCUUAAAAACACUCACAGAACAACACCGGGGUCAUUUUAAUUAUCCAAUCAUUGGUUGGGAGCACAAGGGGCUGGUGUGAGCUUUUGUGUUGGUCCACGCCAAGAGGAGCUUAUCUUAGAAGGAACCAUGCUGAUAUCUGUGAUGCAUUUAGGGGUCUUUGAUUGCAGCCCCCCAUGUGGGAUUCAAAUCCAAUGAAACAAGCAGAACCAUGUCUUCCUGGCUUUUCACACACUAAAGAGACUGGUGACCAACAGGGAGUAAAGGUUAAUCCCUAAUUCAAACCAUGCGCCCUCUGGAUCUGUGCAUGUAAAGUUCGCCUCUCAUACCCACGAGACUUCGCUUUAAAUAUCCUCGAAUCCCCGAAAUGCAAAUCCCGUCAUCAUUUACUCAUCCACAAAGCCUGUAUGGUGUAACAGGACAAUGUUAGUUCUUGGUCACCAUACUCUUUCAUUGCAUGAAUCAUAUGAUCAUAACAUCACACGGUUUUGGAACAACAUACUUUAAGCAAAGCAUCUUGGUAAGUGGCGAUUACAGUGGUUUGGAUGCCUUUGCUUCCUGUUCGACCUAAUCUACACAGGAAACUCUCAAAGGCUGAGCAGACACCAGUCAUCAUUUUUUUUCUCUCAUUCCCAUACCUCUCGAUUUCGUACCCAUCUAGUUCGGUUUGUCGCAAGUGAAUCAGACCAGAAGUAUUAGCUUGCAGAAUCACACAUCGGCCCAUCCCUUCCUGGAAUGAGCUGAGUGGUCCGCACCCCUUCCAUUAAUGCCCCUCUUUGGAGGCCUCCGCUUUCCCCGCCACACCCUGUUUUCUCUGCCUCAUAUUUUUUAAUGACAAAAUGUUUGCAUGAAACAAUCGAGGUUGACUUUACUCACAAUCCGUUGUAUAGUGUGGGAGCUUACACGGUUCCGGUACCCAGCAGUUCAGACGGCUAACAAAACAGGUCCCAUUUACUUCUGCUCUGAUGGCUGCCUGCAAUGCUUUUCACACACAGGAAAAAGACCAGAGGGGCAGAGAGCAUAUACGGUGUCCCAAUAAAUGAGCCAGGUCAAGCCUAUUCAAAUUUAGGCAGGAGUAGGCUCUGGAGAUUUCAAUAUAUAUAAAAAAAAUAUUUAGGAGAGAUCAAUUGUUGACGUACCUUUGAUAUCCAUGCACCUGUACAUGUUUAAUUGAACGCAUAUGCUGUUGUUAUUAAAUGCGAUGUUGUAAUAAGAUGCAUGUAAAUGUUA